CACGCCCUUUCAGGAUGAAAGCUGUGGUGCUGACCUUGGCCGUGCUCUUCCUGACAGGGAGCCAGGCUCGGCAUUUCUGGCAGCAAGAUGAACCCCAGUCCCCUUGGGAUCGAGUGAAGGAUUUUGUCACUGUUUACCUGGAUGCAGUCAAAGAAAGCGGCAGAGACUAUGUGUCCCAGUUUGAAGCCUCCGCCAUGGGAAAACAGCUCAACCUGAAGCUCCUGGACAACUGGGAUAGCUUGAGCUCUACCUUCACCAAGGUGCGCGAACAGCUCGGCCCGGUGACCCAGGAGUUCUGGGACAGCCUGGAAAAGGACACAGCGGGGCUGAGGCAGGCGAUGAACAAGGAUCUAGAGGAGGUCAAGAAAAAGGUGCAGCCGUACCUGGACGAAUUCCACAAGAAGUGGCAGGAGGAGAUGGAGCUCUACCGCCAGAAGGUGGAGCCGCUGAGCGCGGAGCUCCGCGAGGGCGCGCGCCAGAAGCUGCAGGAGCUGCAGGAGAAGCUGGGCCCGCUGGGCGAGGAGAUGCGCGACCGCGCGCGCACCCACGUGGACACGCUGCGCACGCAGCUGGCGCCCUACAGCGACGAGCUGCGCCAGCGCCUGGCCGAGCGCCUCGAGGCGCUCAAGGAGAGCGGCCCCGGCAGCCUGGCCGACUACCACGCCAAGGCCAGCGAGCACCUGAGCGCGCUCCGCGAGAAGGCCCAGCCCGCGCUCGACGACCUCCGCCAGGGCCUAAUGCCCGUGCUGGAGAGCCUCAAAGUCAGCCUCAUAGCCGCCUUCGAGGAGGCCACCAAGAAGCUGAACACCCAGUGA